UCUUUCAAUUUGCACUUCAGGUUUGGGCACACACCCCUCCCGAUGCACACACACCCCUUUUCCUCUGGGGGCAUGGGAAUUCCUUGCCACGCCCCGGGCGUGACUUUUUGUCAACUUUUCAGUUUCCGCCCCUUUGAUGGUGAGAUCCGGAUCGUCGCCAUCUCUUUAUUGGCCCCUCCAGCCGCUUACCCCUUACCUGACCAGGUCUUUGGAGCGGAAAGGGUUUCCCCUCAAUUUCCAGAAGAGAUGGGGAGCAGAAGAGGGGAGGAAUCUCGCUUUUGAGAAAUACGUGUUUAAGGUUCAGUGCAGUGUUCUGAUGAAAACAAAAGGGGAACCUGAUUUGAGAUCAAUUCUUGGAGAACACAAAGAAGUGUGGUGGUAUGUUCCAGGGUUGAACCAGCUGCCCUUUGACCCUGCCAACAACAACGAGCCCCUGCAGUUUGGCAGUACCAGUGGCCCUCUGGUCACAGAAGGCCUCAUUGAGAAUGGAGGGGAGUCAAGCAAGAAAAGAAAGAGAACAAAUGCUCCUUCAGCUGAUAAUAGUAGAACUCUGAAUGUGGAUUCCACUGCAAUGACACUACCUAUGUCUGAUCCAACUGCAUGGGCCACAGCAAUGAAUAAUCUUGGAAUGGCACCGCUGGGAAUUGCCGGACAACCAAUUUUACCUGACUUUGAUCCUGCUCUUGGAAUGAUGACUGGAAUUCCACCAAUAACUCCAAUGAUGCCUGGCCUGGGAAUAGUACCUCCUCCAAUUCCACCAGAUAUGCCAGUAGUAAAAGAGAUCAUACACUGUAAAAGCUGCACACUCUUCCCUCCAAAUCCAAAUCUUCCACCUCCUGCAACCCGAGAACGACCACCAGGAUGCAAAACAGUAUUUGUGGGCGGCCUGCCUGAAAAUGGUACAGAGCAGAUCAUCGUGGAAGUGUUUGAGCAGUGUGGAGAGAUCAUUGCUAUUCGGAAGAGCAAAAAAAACUUUUGUCACAUUCGCUUUGCUGAGGAGUACAUGGUGGACAAAGCCCUUUAUCUUUCUGGUUACCGCAUUCGCCUGGGCUCUAGCACUGACAAAAAGGACACAGGCAGGCUUCAUGUUGAUUUUGCACAGGCUCGAGAUGACCUGUAUGAGUGGGAAUGCAAACAGCGUAUGCUUGCAAGAGAGGAACGCCACCGUAGAAGGAUGGAAGAAGAAAGGUUGCGCCCACCAUCCCCACCUCCAGUGGUCCACUAUUCAGAUCAUGAAUGUAGCAUUGUUGCUGAAAAACUAAAAGAUGAUUCCAAAUUCUCAGAAGCCGUGCAGACCUUGCUCACCUGGAUUGAGCGAGGAGAGGUGAACCGUCGCAGCGCCAACAACUUCUACUCCAUGAUCCAGUCGGCCAACAGCCACGUCCGCCGCCUGGUGAAUGAGAAAGCUGCCCAUGAGAAAGACAUGGAAGAAGCAAAGGAGAAGUUUAAGCAGGCCCUUUCUGGAAUUCUCAUUCAAUUUGAGCAGAUAGUAGCUGUGUACCAUUCUGCAUCCAAACAAAAGGCUUGGGACCACUUCACAAAAGCCCAGCGUAAAAACAUCAGCGUUUGGUGUAAACAAGCUGAGGAAAUUCGCAACAUACAUAAUGAUGAAUUAAUGGGAAUCAGGCGAGAAGAAGAAAUGGAGAUGUCUGAUGAUGAAAUAGAAGAAACAACAGAAACAAAAGAAACUGAGGAAUCAGCCUUAGUAUCACAGGCAGAAGCUCUGAAAGAAGAAAAUGACAGCCUCCGUUGGCAGCUUGAUGCCUACCGGAAUGAGGUGGAACUGCUAAAGCAAGAACAAGGCAAAGCCCACAGAGAAGAUGACCCAAACAAGGAACAGCAGCUGAAACUCCUGCAGCAAGCCCUGCAAGGAAUGCAACAGCAUCUACUUAAACUCCAAGAGGAAUACAAAAGGAAAGAAGCUGAACUUGAAAAAAUCAAAGAUGACAAGUUACAGGUGGAAAAAAUGUUGGAAAAUCUUAAAGAAAAGGAAAGCUGUGCCUCUAGACUGUGUGCAUCGAGCCAGGAUAGUGACUACCCUCUGGAGAAGACCCUGAACAGCUGUCCUAUCAAAUCUGAACGCGAAGCACUGCUAGUGGGGAUUAUCUCCACAUUCCUUCAUGUCCACCCAUUUGGAGCAAGCAUUGAAUAUAUCUGCUCCUACUUGCACCGUCUUGAUAAUAAGAUCUGUACCAGUGAUGUGGAAUGUCUCAUGAGCCGACUCCAGCAUACCUUCAAGCAGGAAAUGACUGGAGUUGGAGCCAGUCUGGAGAAGAGAUGGAAAUUCUGUGGCUUUGAGGGCUUGAAACUGACCUGAAUCCCUUUGCCUGACAACCUGGGAUCCUGAAAAUAAAUGUGUGUUGGACAAGCUUAGAAAGUGAUUUGUAUUUUCACUGGUUUUCAAGUGGAAAUUGCUUUAAAUUUCUCAAUCCAUUCCUGGAAUAUCUUUUGAGUUAAAAUAAGGAUCCUAGAGCAGCACCUCAAGCUACAGGCCCUAUAAAGAAAUUGACUCAAACCUCAAGUGCUGUAACUUCCUCCUUUUCUGUCAAUUGGUUGUCUCUUUUUAUUAGUAGUAUUUAAAAAGGCCUGAGGCUACAGAGUAUUUGGGGUGUUUUCAGUGUCUGUACUACUGUUGUAGACUUUAGUAUUUUUUAAACACUGUUAACUGAAAUGUUUUGAUGAUUUAUAUGUGAUUUGUGUUUCAGAACUUCUCUUCACAUUAAUGUUGCUACUGGUGAGAGGAAUGAGAGGAGCACUAGGGACUCCAUAACUGACAUUGUCUUUCCAAUUCCCAGUAGGCCACAUACAAAUUACAGAAAAUAAUAUAACAGACACCUUCAUGCCUACCACGAAGAUAAAAAAGAUGUAAAUAGUUUGUCUUACGGAGUUCUAAAAAAGAAAGAACAAAAGAACAAAAGAGAUGAAACAUUACUGUUACAGGUAAAGCCCCACUUUCAACCUUUCCCCUUUCCUUACCCUUCCAUAGAGAGAGUCACUUUCCUAAAGUUGAUGUUUACUAAUCAGCUGCUUGGCUUUGCACAUUUACUAUAAAAAUGUAUGUCCAUAAA